UUAGUACGUGUGUGCUAGCUGGACAGAUUCCGAUUGAGAAAACCCAGCUGCGACUACGCUCGAAAAUGAAGUCCUCAAAAACAAGCCAUGAAAAUUACUCACUUCUUAGACAAGCAAACACGAAUAACUCUUACGUAACUAAUUUUGCUGAUAUGUUACACGUCCUUCCACCAAUUCACAAGUUGCGACGCUCGAUCCAGCGAUUUCACAAGCAGGCAUCUCCACUAACACACCAGCAGCAGUUGAACAAACGAUUUGCUGAGCACUGGGAGAGACAAUUAAACAAAUUCUUGAAAGACCUGAAUAUAUCUGAUUCAUCAAACGGGUCUAUAUCUGCGGUGGGAGCUGAGAAAUACCUGGACGACCAGGAUGAAAACCCAUUUGCUUUGAGCGGACUACAUAAACUGGAUGCAUCUUCCCACACUAUGAAUAAAGAGCUACCUGAUUCUGCCCAAAACCUAAGCCUUCUGCUUAAUUCCAUUGAUCAACGCGCUGCAAAAUCAGAGAUGACAAAUUGGAAAUCACAUGGCACUCUCCGGUCUUUUAGCCCAAUGACGGACACAGCAAUACCAAACUGUUUGCAACCGCAAACAAUUGAACAAUUGGUAAACGAUCUGGAGCCUUUGGAUAGGAAAAAUUCUUCCCGAAUAUCCAAGGUAGUUCAUGAAACUCAAGCUCAGAGAAAGCUAUGUAGAGAGUUACGGCAGACCCGUAAAUCUUCCCCACGAAAACCGAAAUACCUAGCGGAUAGUGGCGAAAGAUUCCCAAAACCACAAGUCGAGCACGUUUUGGCGUUGCUGAAACCAAAGAAAAGGAAUCAAAUUCAUUUUCCUUUGGACCCUACUGAUGAAAAUAUCGGGGGGCAGAAUGCUUCUAACGUUGGCACGCUCUCUCACAGACAGAGUUCUUCUGAGGAAGAAGCCUUCGGGUCAACCGUUCGUCGGUCUCCAUCCACCGUUGGAUUUGAAGCCGUUCGUGAUAGAAGACAGUCGUUAUUUGCACUGCAGCAGCUGCGACUGGCCAACCAACGGAGACUUGAAUCAGAGUGGGAGACGGAACUCUGUCAAGCGAGUGGUGCCAGAAAAUUUAGAGUUUUGUACUAUACCUAUAGGUUCGUCGAACUGACAAUACGGGUGUUGCUCAGACAUCGUGGUUUGCUGAAUAUGGUGAGAUACUCAAGAUAUUGCUCGUACUCCCAACCAUCAGCUCCGACCGAAGUGCAGCCCAUCUCCUGCCCGCUUCUCCAAGCAACUUUAAAGAGUUUCAUGUUCAUUGGCCCCCAACUGAAAUCCAAUCAAAACCAAGUAACCUGCAUAUCAGAUCCGCCGUUGUACGGUACUCAACUACCGUUUUACAUGAGGUCCCUGCGGAUUGGUCCAAAACCGACUGCAUUCAAUAAGCAAAUCGAAUCUGGAGGGAAGAGAACAGGAUCCCGGUCACCAUCACUUUGGAGAUCUAGGUUUAUUAGUCGAACAGCAAAUGUGAAGAUGAGAACAAAAAAAAGAGCCUGGAGUUCGGCAAUCAUUCCGCAGCGCUUGUUAUCUGAUGCUGUGCUUGAAGACAGGAAAGAGCUUCUUGUUAAACUAAGAAUAACCUUACAGCAGAUUAUUGCAUCCGUCACGCGGAAUGUAAUAGGAGAUAAUGAUUUCCACAAUAUACGGAAGUUCCAGUUGCUGAGCCUUCUAACAAACAUAGUUCGAGACCGCUGUCGAGAUCUUUAUCAAGUGAGCCACUCAUGCGAUGCUUGUCUAUGUCGGAGCAACCAGCUAAACAAUCGGGAGGCCACGUUGCUGGAACAGAUUCAAGAUUCGGCCUGCUACACAAUCGCCGUUUACACAUACGCUAUUGAGAAACGGGAGCAGGGGAUGAUGGUAUCGAGUCAGAUGCUUCGCGACCCUACACAGGAUACGAUGAUCACUCACAGUUACGAGAAGGAAAAUUUUGUCGUCAUUGUGGUGGUUUACUUGAUUCGAAAAUAUGUGUUCUUCAGCAAUGGUGCGCGCAAGUUUCCGAAUUACGCCAAUUUGAAUACGCUUUAUAAUUAUUGGCUGGAAGAUAAGGUAUCCUGGGUGGAUUGUCAAUCGGAGGAGAACGACUAAAAUGUAUAACAGACAAAAUACGGUGUUUUGUGGACAUAUUUUCGGAACGUUUUUAUGCAGAAAACGAAGACCUCUCCGAGAACAACAUGAAUUCAUGAACCAAAUCUGAGUGUUUUCAAUCUAUCACAUCUUUCACUCAAAAUUUAUGCUUGUAUGCCAAUGUAUAAGGAGCAUUCAGCGCUCCUUUCAAUUAAUCUGUAAACAGGGUUGACCAAUACACUAAAUAAG